GGGCGCUGGGCGCGGCGGGCUCGCUGCUCCCGCUGCUGUGCGCGCUGCUCCGCGCCGCCGCCGACACCAGCACCGGCCGGGGUUGGCUAAAAACGUAUGGCUACUUACUUCCAUCUGACAGCCAAAUGUCUGCCUUGCAGUCGGGAAAAGCUGUGCAGUCUGCAGUUGCCACUAUGCAACAGUUUUAUGGAAUCCCAGUGACAGGAGUUUUGGACGAGACAACUAUUGAGUGGAUGAAGAAGCCUCGAUGUGGAGUUCCAGACCAUCCCCACCUACGCCGCAGCCGGAGGAAAAAGCGCUAUGCGCUCACCGGCCAGAAGUGGAGGCAGAAGCAUAUAACCUACAGUGUGCACAACUACACCCCCAAGGUUGGCGAGAUCGACACACGGAGAGCCAUCAGACAGGCCUUUGAUGUUUGGCAGAGAGUGACACCACUUACCUUUGAAGAGGUUCCUUACCAUGAAAUUAAAAAUGACAGAAAGGAGGCAGAUAUUAUGAUAUUUUUUGCUUCUGGUUUCCAUGGCGACAGUUCUCCGUUUGAUGGAGAAGGUGGAUUCCUGGCUCACGCUUACUUUCCUGGCCCAGGGAUUGGAGGAGACACUCACUUCGACUCAGAUGAGCCGUGGACCCUGGGAAAUUCUAAUCACGAUGGCAACGAUCUCUUCCUGGUGGCGGUGCACGAGCUGGGGCACGCGCUGGGGCUGGAGCACUCCAACGAUCCCAGCGCUAUCAUGGCUCCUUUCUACCAGUACAUGGAGACACACAACUUCAAACUGCCCCAGGACGACCUCCAAGGAAUUCAGAAAAUCUAUGGUCCUCCCAUUGAGCCCCUGGAGCCAACCAGGCCUUUACCAACUCUUCCUGUUCGCAGAAUUCACUCGACUUCGGAAAGGAAACACGAGAGACAGCCACGACCCCCCAGCCCUCCUCUGGGUGACAGGCCAGCUCUCCCUGGCUCCAAACCGAACAUCUGCGAUGGCAACUUCAACACUGUGGCUCUCUUUAGAGGAGAAAUGUUUGUUUUCAAGGAUCGCUGGUUCUGGCGGCUGCGCAACAACCGCGUGCAGGAGGGGUACCCCAUGCAGAUCGAGCAGUUCUGGAAGGGCCUCCCCGCCAAGAUCGACGCGGCCUACGAGCGCUCUGAUGGCAAAUUUGUUUUCUUCAAAGGAGAUAAGUACUGGGUUUUUAAGGAAGUGACAGCAGAGCCAGGCUACCCCCACAGCCUGGUGGAGCUGGGGAACUGCCUGCCCCGGGAGGGCAUCGACACGGCCCUGCGCUGGGAGCCCGUGGGCAAAACCUACUUCUUCAAAGGAGACAGGUACUGGAGGUACAACGAGGACAAGAGAGCCACGGACCCAGGAUACCCAAAGCCCAUCACCGUGUGGAGAGGAAUCCCUCAGGCUCCUCAGGGAGCUUUCAUCAGCAAGGAAGGCUUUUACACCUACUUUUACAAAGGGAAGGAGUACUGGAAGUUCGAUAACCAGAGGCUGAGCGUGGAGCCAGGCUACCCCAGGUCCAUCCUGAAGGACUGGAUGGGCUGCAACCAGAAGGAUGUUGAACGGAGCAAAGACCGGCGGCUCCCGCACGACGACGUGGACAUCAUGGUGACCAUCAACGACGUGCCCAGCACCGUCAACGCCAUCGCUGUGGUGAUCCCCUGCAUCCUGUCCCUCUGCAUCCUCGUCCUGGUCUACACAAUCUUCCAGUUCAAAAACAAAGAGGUGCAGCAAAACGUUGUGUACUACAAAAGACCUGUGCAGGAGUGGGUAUGACACAGCCCGCUGCACACUGCGCCUCGUGGAGCUGAUGGGGACUGUGGACACGCAAAAAAAAAAGGGAAAAAAAUGCAUUGAAAAGCCUACCAAACAAAACUACUUCAGUGACCUACAAGUUUUGGACAGCCUGGGACCGAAAUAAGCAGGAAAACUGGAAAACGAUACGGGCAGGCAGCCUCGCAGCGUGGAGCCUCUUUCCUUCGUGCUGCCUCGGUCGCCUGGCGGUCGCGGUGCAUCCACAGGCUCGCUCUGCCAGCACCAGAGUCUUCGAGACAGGUUUCAACUGAUCUGGGAAACUUCAUUCAGUUCCCUGCACCAGUGCCCCCUGUUAAACCCAGCAUUCUCCAGUGUAGCUAAACCACCUCUGAACAGAACCAUUUUUUUAAUAGCUGUCUCAUAAAUGAAUUAAGAUCAUGAAAUCUAUGAACGGGAACAAUUCAGUGUCAUAAGCGGAAGACAUUCUGAUGCUGAACCAUUCUAAAAGAUCUUCUUAGUUUAUUACAAAAUCCAGGGAUCUACCUGGAUAACGAUUUUCCAAUACCUGCUGGUCAGAUGUUUUGUACAUUCAUAACUAAUCAACGCUGCCACUCAGCACAGUGCACAAGGAACCACCGAGCACUCAAAGAGGUACCGGAGUGCGGAGCAGAAGCUCAAGAAGCACCAAACCAGACACUUGGCAACAUCAAACCCUAGACUGGGACAAUCUGAAGACAAAAGUAAUUGGGUUAAAAAAAAAAAACAAAACAAAAAAACAAACCACAAACCAAUCAUAGGAAUACAUGUUUUUGUUUUGGGAGCCACUCAUGAAAGAAAUAUUUAAAUG